ACAGAGGAUUAAAACCCACGAAUUGGCGUUUUAUACCAUCCCAUUUAAAAGAAUGAUAACGCCGACUCUGUGAAGCAUUUUUCAGCACUCCUCCUUUCCUUCUCCCACACACAAAAAAAAAAAAAAAUCCAAGAAACCAAAAAAAAAAAAGAGAGAAUAAUCUCUGAGAGAGUAGUGAUAUGAGCUUCUUCUCCUACAAUCUUAGAAACCUCCGAUCACAGUUCUAGAUAUUUUACAACGGAACAAUGGAGAGCACCGAUUCCUCUGGUGGUCCUCCACCGCCACAACCUAACCUUCCUCCAGGCUUCCGGUUUCACCCAACCGAUGAAGAGCUUGUAGUUCACUACCUCAAACGCAAAGCCGCCUCUGCUCCUUUACCUGUAGCCAUCAUCGCCGAAGUCGAUCUCUAUAAAUUCGAUCCAUGGGAACUUCCCGCUAAAGCGUCGUUUGGAGAACAAGAAUGGUACUUCUUCAGUCCUCGAGAUCGGAAGUAUCCAAACGGAGCAAGACCAAACAGAGCGGCGACUUCAGGAUAUUGGAAAGCGACCGGUACAGAUAAACCGGUACUUGCUUCCGACGGUAACCAAAAGGUGGGCGUGAAGAAGGCACUGGUCUUCUACAGUGGUAAACCACCAAAAGGCGUGAAAAGUGAUUGGAUCAUGCAUGAGUAUCGUCUCAUCGAAAACAAACCAAACAAUCGACCUCCUGGUUGUGAUUUCGGCAACAAGAAAAACUCACUCAGACUUGAUGAUUGGGUGUUAUGUAGAAUCUACAAGAAGAACAACGCAAGUCGACAUGUUGAUAACGAUAAGGAUCAUGAUAUGAUCGAUUACAUUUUCAGGAAGAUUCCUCCGCCGUUAUCAAUGGCUGCUGCUGCUACAGGACUUCACCAUCAUCACCAUAAUGUCUCCAGAUCAAUGAAUUUCUUCCCUGGCAAAUUCUCCGGUGGUGGUUACGGGAUUUUCUCUGACGGAGGUAACACGAGUUUAUACGACGGCGGUGGCAUGAUCAACAACAUCGGUACAGACUCAGUGGAUCACGACAAUAACGCUGACGUCGUUGGUUUGAAUCAUGCGUCGUCUUCAGGUCCGAUGAUGAUGGCGAGUCUGAAACGAGCUCUUCCGGUGCCGUAUUGGCCGGUGGCAGAGGAGGAGCAAGAUGCAUCUCCGAGCAAGAGGUUUCACGGCGGUGGAGGAGGAGGAGAUUGUUCGAACAUGUCUUCUUCGAUGAUGGAAGAGACUCCACCAUUGAUGCAACAACAAGGUGGUGUGUUAGGAGAUGGAUUGUUCAGAACGACGUCGUACCAAUUACCCGGUUUAAAUUGGUACUCUUCUUAAUCAAAUGUGUUUCGCUGCCGGUGUGAAGAAUUUUCCGGUGAGAGUGAAAAAAUUUUCCGAUUGGUGGGGACAUUUGCAUUAUAUAAAUUUGAGAUUUGUGUAUAUGUUUUGGGUUAAUUAAUUUGGUCAUAGGGGGUUAGAGGAAGAAGAUUAUUUAGAGAGCGGAGAAGAAGUGAGGCAACAACAUAUAGAAAACAUAGGAUUAAAAAUGUAUUACUGUUUCUUAAUUUUAAUAGUUGAAUGUAUAAAUCAUAUACUUAGAUGUUUUUAUAUUGUUUGUAUAGAUGCAUAUAGUCUUCUCAAUGAUAUUUUGAGAUUGUAUUUUCUUGUAAAGGAAAUGAUUAAAAAAAUCGAAAAAAAUAAAUAGUUGUGUAAAUGUGUAUUGUAUUUCACAUAUGUUCAACAUCAAUGAUGUUUUUGGAAUGAGUUAUUGCUUAUGAAA